UUGCCUUUCUUUCCGCUAUUUCUAUUUCUAUGAGGACUUCAGAGAGAAAAAAAAGCACACUUUGAAGUAAACGGAUAUUCUCCGCUUGUCGAUAAGAUUCAACUUCUUUCACAUUCAAUAGCCAUCUAUAUUUUAAGAGCGGCCAUAAGCUGAGAAACACUUGGCAAGAGCAAACUGGUAAAUGUAUUGACAACGCUGACAUGCUUGCUCUGUUAACGGCAAAGCGCAGAUAGUGCACUCACUAAAUUGUGCGCCCAGAAGCACAUUCUAGUGCACAUCUGGGCGUGUAUACGAUAUUUUGCACGAAAUUGUUCGCGUUCUGUUAUUUAGCGAAUUUAUUGCAGUUCUGCCGAUGUAGAGGCUAACAGUAUGUAAAGGAGGCCUAAACCGAACAACUCUUGUGUCGAUAAAUGAAGUCUUGCAGCCAACGGGCUGCUUGCUUAGGGUGCUCAAACAGGGAGGAUAUCAUGGACCCGAACGAGAAGAGGCCCAACAAGUGGUGGACUGAACCUGACACGUUUGCCAUGUUGGCACUCAUAGAGCAGAUGGGUUUAGUCCAUGAGCUAGACAAGAAGCGCCAGCGCAACGAAUCCCUCUUCCGUCAUCUCCGGCUCAGUCUGGCCAAGCGGGGCAUCCACUUUACCGUUACCCAAAUCCGAAACCGCUGGAAAAGCCUCAAACACAAGUACCGCAAGAUCAAACUGGCCAGCUACCGAAGUCCAGCUGCACGCCUAUCUGCUGUAGAGUCAUUCCGUUAUUUCCAUAUGCUGGAUAACAUGUUGGUGCGCAAACCGAAGGUAGGAAACAAGGAGGAGGACCUCACUGAUGGUCACAGCCCAGUUGGACGGACACUCGUGGACCUGGAUGACCACACAGACAGUCCUUGGCCUGAAGGCCUAGUCCCUAAAUCUGAGCCUGAGAACUUUACUGCUAAACUGGAACUUGAUGUUGAUGAGAGUAUUGAUCCAGAAGACAUGGCUAGCUCUGAGCCUCAGAGUUGGGACGUAGGACCAGAUGAGGUCAUGACUCUGGGUUUGUCGGGAGAAUAUCUCUAUGCAGUGAAGACUGAACAGACAUCCCUAUGCAAUCCCAAAAGCACUAAAAGUACAAAAGAGACUGCUGACUGCAGUCAAGAUAAUUUUCCAGGAACGUCUGAGGAGACCAGCAGCCUCAUCCUCCAGCAGCUCACCAUUCUGAACCACCGCCUUGGAGAACAGCUGGCCGAGCAGAAAGCCUUUCAUUGCAGCAUGCUGGGAAUGAUGGAUCGCCAAAUACAAGUCCUGGAACAACUCUCACAUUUCACCAGGAACCACCAACCCAAGCCUGAAUCCACAGAGAUGGACUCCACCAUUAGUCAGAAGGUCAACGAAGCCCUGCUGCGCAUCCUGGAGGCUCAGACAAAGACAGUUCAGCCGUGCUCCCUGUUCCCCAUGCCAAAGACAGAACUUACUCCCCCUUGGAAGGUCUCUCUCUUGGAAGUCCAAAAGAGUUCACUACCCAUUGAGGGAGAGUCAGGCAGUGAGACUGAGACCUCUCAAACCAUGGAGGGACACAAAGAUAGCCCUUUUAGCCCACCUUCUUUAGAGCCUUCAUCCUCAACCAAGACUGCUAUUUUACAGAAUGGAUUAUGUAAUCACAACUGAAUGCUUAUUUGAACAUAGUUACACUAGCCUUUUGUCCUUUAGACCCUGUUUACACCUGGUAUUACUGUCCAUCUCAGGUGAUCUGAUCACAAGUGGACAGCUCUAAACAUUGGAAUGGGAAACUGAAAAAUCCAGUACAUAAACAUGCAUAAGACAUCAAUAUUCAGUAUAAAAGCAUCUGCUAAAUGAAGACAUGUAAAUCAAAUGACAUAAAUGGCAAAGUUCAAUUAAUACAGUUAAAUAUAGCCAUUGUUGUAAGAAUUCCACCCAAAAAAUUACGGUGAGAUUAAUAUUCAGAAGGCCUCCCCUCUACGCAAUCCGUUCACUAGUAAUCACAAGAGAUGCAUGUUACCAGGUGGAAACGAUGUUUCAGGAGGUUGUUUGUCUAAAGAUGCAAUAUCUGAAACACAACCAAAUGCAUUGUUGAGUUUGCCAGACUUUUGACAUCUACCAGUAACACUUUUUGGUUUUCAUAAGAAAGUAUCUAGUUCUCUGAUGUUUUAAUCAGUGACACUUUUGAGAAACAGAAUAACAGACUAUAAUAUUAUUUAUUAACUUUUUGAUUUCUUCGCUAACUAACAGUUGAUGUGAAUCUUAGAUUACAAGUAACAGACUGAUGUUAAGAAAUUGCAGUAUCUACAAAGUAAUACAUUUGUGUUCAAUUUAGAAAUUUCUUCUUAUUAAGUUCAGGCUUAACUUUAAGGCUGAUUUUAACAAAAGAGUGUAUGUUCUCAUGAAUUUCAUCAUUUUAAUCUCAACUCAAGUGUAGUCCAGUACAAACUGAUAAGUCUGUACAUUUUUAAGAAUUGCUUGCCUCUUAUUAUAAAGUAAUAUUUCACUGAC